AUGAGCGAAGCGCAAAAGUACCAGGGAGCAUUGUACAAGGAGAAGCCCACCAAGGGUCAGAAGAAGGGACAAAACAACCAAAAGCCAAAUGUGAACGCCAAUGCGAAGCAAGCCCCCAACAACCGCCACCAGCAACCCCGUGUGGAGGAAGGCUCCGAGGGCGAAGAAUCCAAAAUCGCUCCUCCUCCUCCCUGCCCCACACCCCCGCCUGUUGGUGAAUCGCGCGCGCCUGCUGUGGCCCCUACACCGGCAAACGACAAGGCUGUCAAUGUGUUUGAUUACCUGGUCACCGAAGAGACCCCGAACGCCUCCAAGGUUACUAUCGCAGAGCCCAAGGAACAGAUGCAGAUGAAGAAGAACGCCAAAUCGGUUUUCGAAACCAGCGAUGCCCUUACCCGCUUUGAGGCCAACCCGACUACGGAUGACGAGGGUAAGAAUUACGAUGUCGCAUACAACGAGCAUGGCUUUUCCUACGGCACUGGCAAUAUCCCACACUCGGACCCUCACCCUAACAUGUCUACAGAGUUUGUCACACCUGCACCCAAGAAGAAGAAGGAUCGUAAGGAGAAGGUACCUGGCACUGCCAGCGAGAAGAAGCGCAAGCGCGGACAGGCAGAUGUCCUUAGUACCCCCCGUGAGGAAGUCGAUACUCCCAUGAUGGACGCACCUUCCAGCAUCAUCAACAACGCAGGCACCCCGAUGCUGAAUCACUCUGGUCUCACUGGUGGCUUGAACCGCAUGAUGCGCUCACCCUCCCCUGGCGACGACAGCCCUGAAACCACCCGCCGUGCCUACCAGGAUGCUUCAUCCCCCAUCAAACGCAGUCGCCGCAAUGGAAAAGAAGCCAACGGAAGUGUUGAUCCAGGUCUCGGAAUCUCCAUGAAGAACCGCGCUGGGCGUCUUGUUUCCUCCAUGUUCGGCGGAUCUGUUGUUUCCAGCGCCAGCGGCAGCACAGAAGCCAACCCCAAGGCCGUAACACGCCCUCGUCGCGGAAGUGAUUCCAGCGUAGACGGCCAACUCGACGUCCGUAAGAGCAAGAAGUCACACCGCGCACGCGAUUCCCCCGAAGAGAUUCGUAAAUCCAAGCGCAAGAGCAGCAACCCCAGCGACGACCGACCUACCCGUCGUCUGAAGCAGAUUGACGAGCGUCGCGGCUCCAUUGAGUCGCCCAGUCACCAGGUCAUGGUGUACAAGAAUUCCAAGCCGCCCGCGCGCGCUGAUGAGGACCUCCAACGUGAACUUGCACACCAGUUCCUUUCUAUCGUGACCCCGGGUAGCACACGGGGCUGUUCGAUUAACAAGGCUCUCAAGCGAUUCCACCGCGAUCUGUCGAAUGAGUACGACGCUGAUCAGAGCUUUGAGCGUAGACUCGAUGACGAGAAGGACCUUUGGAGGACCUUGAGGUUGCGACGUAAUGAUCGUGGUGAAAUUGUGGUUUUCAUCUAG